CAGGAAAAGGAGAAGUCUCAAUCCAAAGUUGCUUCCUCUAUCAUUAAAGUGUAGCAGAAAUAAAGAUUUCUCCACUUCAAUGAGCUGACUUAUCAAUGAUGACAAGAAACCCAGAGGAAUAUGUACUCUCAGCAGUUGAGGAAUGUCAAAACCAAAUCUCAGUGGACCUCUUCCUGCACCUUUCACUCAUACCGGCUGUGCUGAUCAUAGGAGUGCUGUCAUUCCUCCAGAGACGUGUUGGGAGACUGGUGAUCGACCAGAGACUGCCCUUCCUAGAGGGACGUUUUGGCAUUGUGGUGCCUUUAGAUACCAUAGGCAACCUCAGUAAUCGCUGGUCCUAUGGCUUUGCCUAUGGUGCUAUAUCGAGUAGCGUUCUUCUGCUCUUCUCUGAGCGUUACAUCCCUUUCCCCGUCCCAAACUGGGCCAAAGCUAUAGUGUACCUGGUUGGAGCUUUAGAGGUGGGCCUGGUGUAUUUCCCUUUUUUCGCUUGUCUGUCCACACCAUUCAGGAUGGCCGGAGCAGUACUGGGAAUACUCUACUCUUUGUUCUGGAUCAUCAUCACAGUCUGGGAUACAAUCACCUGUCCCAGUGGUGAGGUUUUGGGCAAAUACCAGAAGAUAAUUUCCCAGUGGCCCUGCAUCCUGUCCCUGGUCUUCCUCUUGGGGCGGUUUAUUUACAUUCUGGUUAAAGACGUUCGCAUACAUUUGAACCUGGAACCGGAGGACCCUGAGGAGCUGGUUGGGCAACAUCAGGCUCAGCAUGUUAAGCAGCUGCUGCGGAGAACAUCUGAACGCAAUAAACCGCUCAGCUGGUUCCAGAGACGAGUUUAUGAGUGGGACCCCUAUUUCAAGUUUCCCAACAGGAUCAUUGGCACUGCCAUUAUAUCCCUUAUAGGCCUGUAUACGAUGACACUGGCUGACUACAGUCUCAGUAAUGUUGCUUUUGACCAAGUAGACCAUUGGAAGAACAUACUGAAAAGGCUGGUCACCUCUUGCAACGAGACAGAAGCUCUGGGAAACGUGAUACCUCAGAUGGAAGAAUUUAUUGAUGUGGCCAGAAAAUCAUGGUUUGCCACCACAAUUUUUGCCAGUCUCAACUCUGUUGCUUACACCUUGCAUAUCUUGGCGUGUUACAGGAAACAUUUGAAGAGAUUGUGGAAGGGGCAGAAGAGUUUUCUCCCUGAGAAGUUUCAUAACCCUAAAUCUGCUACCAGCGUUGCUUCAAUUGCAAGAUACUCUGGAUGGCAGAUAGCGUUUACACUCUGGGGCUACCUGAUUGUUCAUUUUGUCCACUUCCUGUUCGCCCUGCUCCUGGUCUACGUGCUGGUUCUUCCCAUACAGCAUGGAGAAGUCCUGGCCAUGCUCUCAAACCUGGGAAUCAUACUUCUGACAAUUGGGCUGGUGAUCAGCUUGGUGAUCGUCCAGAUAGUUCUAGUUCAGGUCUUCUUCCUUCAAGACAAACUGUCUCCUACAGAUAAAGAUAAGCCUCUGGCUCUCAACAACAGGAAAGCCUUCCACUGCUUCAACUACUUCUUCUUUUUCUACAAUGUGGUGAUGGGAAUCACCACCUGCAUAUUGAGGCUGCUGUUAAGUGUGGUGGUGGGAACAUGGCUGGUGUCCCGCAUAGACAGAACCAUAAUGCAGAGGGGAUAUGAAGCCAUGGAUGCCGGCUAUAGUACAUGGAUUGGAAUGAUAUUUGCUGACCACUAUCAUAACAACCCAGUCAUGGUCUGUUUCUGCCAGCAGCUAGUCUCCAACAUCCUGGAGAAACACAACCCAACCACAUACUCCUCAUUCAAUAAUGAUCUUUCAGUGCCCUCCAUGAAUAGCCAGGCCCGGAAGCGCUGGGCGUUGCUUUAUACCUUACUAAACAAUCCUCACCUGAUCCUGCUCAGAAAACAUCACAUCUCCUCAUCCUCUCCCCAGUCUGACAGUGUGGUGCGGGCUUGGGUCAUGGCAUCUCAAACUCAGAGACGUCAGUCACUGUCAAUAACGCCACCAGAGAUCAUUGUGACACCCGAGGAAGACUUGAAAUGAGUUUCAUAUGGAAGAUUCAUAUGAUUGUAUUCACUCUUGGACAGAGGGUGUCAUUAAAUGACCAAAGCAAAAUGUGCUGACAGUUGUACAAAAAAACAUGUAACUCAGAUUUAGUACAGCUAGCAAGGUAAAAUUUCUAUUCGUGUGACAUUUUUUCCUUGCAUUUUCUGUUUUUGAGUUAUAUAAACUGCCACACAGGCUACAGCUAAAUUUCUUGCCAUUCUGGUUUCAGGCUACCAGCUUUUUCGCCUUGCUGCUCUGUAUUUGCAACAAACAUUUGGCUGCGGAGUGUAGAACAUGUAUAUAGUUUGUAUGUUUAAAUUAAACCUCGUAAUUCAGCUCUUUAAGGAGCCUUUCUGCAUUUAGUUAACUUCUCUGCUCAUCAGUAUGAGUUAGAAGAUUUGUCCAGCUCUUUGCAUGACUCAGCACUGAGAAAGCUGCAUGCACUUAUGACAAGAUGACCAUAUGAUGGUGUCUUUUAAGACAUUCCUUCUUAUAUAAAGGGACUGUUGUGUCGGGUGAAAAGGGAACACUUUAACAAAACAAAACAAAAAACAAAAAAAACCGUAGCACUGGCAUGGCAGCACCUGUGUCCAACUGGGCUCACAGCAGUCUGACCAGCACUGAUCCAGCUGUACCCUCCUAUGUGAUCUCUUGCUUGUGUUGUUCUCUCAGAUGUAAGUUGCUCUGGAUAAAAGCAUCCGCUACAUGACACUAGUAGUAGUAGUAGUAGUAGUAGUAGUAGUAGUAACAGCGCAGAGCAGAGUCCUUACAAACACCAGGAAACUGGACCACAUUACAUCGGUCAUGAAAUCACUACACUGGCUUCCAGUGAGUCAAAGGAUAGAGUUUAAAAUCCUACUGCUGGUCUACAAAGCACUGAAUGGUCUUGGACCAAAAUACAUGCUGGAUCUGUUAGUUCCUAUGAAGCUCCCAGACCCCUGAGGUUCAUCUGGAUCUGGUUUGUUGUGGUUCCCAAGAACCAGAACCAAGCAAGUUGAGGCAGCGUUCAGUUAUUCUGCUCCUCACCGGUGGAACAAACUUCCUGUAGACCUGAGGUCUGCUCCAACUGUAGAUCCUUUAAAUCAGGGUUAAAAACAUUACUGUUUACUGAAGCAUACUCUUAAAUUAAAUACUUACCUGCUGUACUCUACUGCCCUUACUUUUUAACAACUUGUGUUUUUUUUUAUUUUACCUCUUUUAUUAUCAUUUUAUUUUAUUUUAUUUGUUAUUUACUGUUUAAUUGUGUCUUGCCGCUUUUAAUGUUGAUGUAAAGCACUUUGAGUUACCUUGUGUUGAAUUGUGCUAUACAAAUAAACUUGCCUUGCCUUGCCUAGUAUAUUCCCAAUUACACAUUAAA